GAAAAAAAAAACAAUCCAAACAAAAAUGAUGACAGCCAAACUAAUUUGUAAUGAAAUCAAAGUGUUUUUAUAAAUUUCUACGAUAUAAAAGUGAUAAAUAACGUGAGAAAACCAUGGAGGCUGUUCCUAAGAUGCUCAUGAUCAGCUUCGAGCUGAAAGUGAGUCCCGAAACUACACAUUUUGGACCAAAACUGAAACAGUAUAUAGCGGAGGCGUAUAGAGAGGAUCCUGAUAACUACGGCAAUGAGUUGCAUCAGCUGGAGGGGCUACGGUCGGCGGCGGUGCGGCCCGCUACGGAUGCGUCCGGGCUCGCCGCCCUCGUCAGAUACUUCUGCCAGCUACGCGCCAUGCAGAGCCGAUUCCCCAUGGCUAAAGGCCAACCAGCCUCCGUAAACUUCGUGUGGAAAGAUCUUUACGCCAAUAUGAACUGCACGUCGGCGGACAUAAGAUUUGAAAUGGCUUGUAUUCUGUACAACAUUGGGGCGCUGCACACUCAGUUAGCGGCCUCUGAACCUCGCACCUCCGGAGAUAGCCUGAAGCUGGCUUGCACUCACUACCAGAAGGCGGCUUGGGCGUUUCAGUACCUGAUGGAACACUACCCGCAGCCGCAGGGCAUGGACGUGUCUCCGGACAUUGUGCGCCUGCUGCAGGAGAUCUGCUUCGCUCAGGGCCAAGAGUGCAUUUUGGAGAAGAGUAUCCAAGAUACAAAGAAGCCUAGUGUUAUUGGUGCUGUUGCAAACCAAGUGAGGGCAUUCUACAAAAACUCACUAGCCAUACUCGGGCCUUCAACUGGCACAGACAACAUUCACGAAAUCAUCGGAACCAAACUGUACAACUACUGGCACCGCCACCUCUCAUUCAGGAACUCAUACAUCGGCUGUAUUGUCUGCUUGUAUCAGGGAAUGAAUGCUGAGGAACAACAGAAGAUGGGGGAGAGGGUAGCCUUCUACCAACUAGCAGUCCACAAGCUUGGUGAAGCGAGAAAGUUGGCCAAAUACAUUGAACCAGUAAAGGUGACCAAUGAGGCUUUGACAUUCACGAAUGAUGUGGUAGAAGGAAAGAGGAAAGCGGCUAAGAAUGAGAAUGAGUUUAUUUACCAUGAGGAGGUGCCAGAUAAAGACUUCCUUAUUGAUCUGAAGCCUGUUUGUUUGGUGAAAGGAAUACCAAUCAACUUCAAUGAUCCAGAGGUGUCAGGUCCAGACAUAUUCUCUCGGCUCAUCCCGAUGGUGGCCCACGAGGCGUCCUCCCUCUACUCCGAGGAGAAGGCGAAGUUGCUCCGACAAGUCGUGAACCAGGCUGAGUCAAAGAACACCGAGAUCAUGGAGUUCAUGUCAUCUCUGCAGCUAGACCAGCUAGAUGUCCUGGAUGCGGAACAAAGGAUACCACAAGAAAUAGUAGACAGAUGCGCCGCCAUGAAUGCUAAAACAGAAAUUAUCCAGUCCCUCGUAGACUCGAUGAACAACCUCGCGGAGAUAAUCAGCGAUGUGGAAAACACAUUGUCGGAAUGCAAAACCAUGAUUCAGGAAGAAGCAGCCAAAGAGAAAGAGUACCAAAAAGUCAUCGGGCCGCGCCCGCCCUCAAUAGUUCAAACUGAACUUUCUAGAGAGUUCAACAAGUACCAGGAAGCCCACUCGAGAACCAACGAGAGCAACCAGGUGCUCCACAAGGCCAUGACGCUGCAUAUUGCCAACUUGAGGCUGUUGGCUCAACCGCUGGAUGAGCUUGAGGCCAAGAUACCGAGCAUUGAUAAUAUUGAGGGCCUCGACCGCGACACGAUGCUAGAAAUGCGUCGCGUUGUCAGCAAAGCCAAGGAGAUGCAGUCACAACGGUCUACCCUCAUACAGCAACUGAGGGAAGACUUGAAUGCUGAUGAUAUCACCGGGACGCUGUUGGCUCAGAGCACGCCGCACACGCAACUGUUUCAACAGGCUAUUGAGAAGCAUACGGAUAAGGUGAAGAUAAUCGAGCAGAACUUUGCCGCACAAGAGAACAUCAUCAACAGGCUUACAUCUCUAUACGCCUCGUAUGGAGAGUCCAGGAGACUGCUGUCUGAAGUGCUCCGUAAACGAGAGGGGCUGAUCAAUGCCCUGAUCACCUCGUACGACACCUACGAAGAACUCCUCGCUAAAUGCCACAAGGGCAUCGAGUUCUACACGCGGCUGUCUCACAGCGCCACGGCGCUGGCGGCGCGGCUGCGGGGCACGUGCCAGGUGCAGGCCGAGGAGCGGGCGCAGGGCACAGCGUCACUAGCAUCCUCCGCCAAGAGCGCGGACGUGGGGCGCGACGCCGCGAGCGUGGGAGACCCCGCGGCUACCCCCAAGCUCACGCUGAAGGACUACUUGCCUUACAUGAAGAGCCGCGGGUACGCCAGAAACGUCACUCCACCGGGUCAACCAGAAGUUCCCAGUGACACCUACUACCCUGAAUCUAUAUACCCGACAUCAGUGAGACCUGCACCGUUAGGAUCUGAAGCACCUACCGAGGCGCCUCAAAUGAAAUACCCAGACGGUUACGUUGUCCCGCAAAACACGAACCCAUACAAUCCUUACGCGAACCAAUACCAGCCGAGCGAAAGCUCUUACGCCGUUCCGAAUAGCUACGCUUAUCCAGCGAAGAGCGUCGCUGAAGUACCAAAGAUUGAGGUUGAUGGCUAUGGGUAUAAUACACCUUACACUCCUUCCCAGUAUUCCGCCCAAAUGUCUAAUCCCCAAGCGACAUACAACCCCUAUUACACAAACAUGAACGCUCAAGAGAGCAACACAGCCUGUACUGACUCACAAAACGCUUCGUACCAAUCCGGCAACGUUAGCCAGACGAAUGUCGUCCCUAAUACCAGCCAAUACGGCUAUGAUCCGUAUGGGGUGCCGGCUGCGACUGUACAAGCGCAUGCGCCGUCUAUACCUGAAGUGCCAUCGGUUCCCUACGCCCAACAAACAGAUCUCGCCAUGAACUUUGCAAACAUGCAAGUGUCUAUGCCCAAACAGGAGCCAAACCCUUACAAUUCUGAAUACGCGAAUACUUUCUACAAUGUUAAUUACCCUCAAGUGAACACCCCUAACAUGGCAACGUAUACCAACCCUCAGCCUAAUUCCGCCACCACAUUGGUGACUUCCCAAGUGCCUUCUGAAUAUGGUGCGACAAACUACCCAUAUGGGACCUUAGACCAAACUGUUCCUGAAAACAAAACCUUCAACCAACAAGGGGUCAAUCCAGGCACUAGCACCGCUUACCAAAGCAAUCCGGUAGACCCGGCGUAUAGCUAUUCGUCAACAUCAGAAUACGACCCCAACACAGCCGCAUAUCCUGUGUAUACCAACGCUGAUAAUGCUUCUAUGUACACUUCUACCUCUAGUAUUUCUAGUGUUGUCCCAACUAAUCUACCUCCCGAGUAUACAGUCCCUGACAGCGCAGCUUUGGGACAGUUAGAAGCUUACGAUAGACCGAUAAAGUCCCACACGACUGGCCAAGCGCUCACCUCGAAUUACUACCAACCUACAGUGCCACAAUACGACACAACUUCUGUGGCCAACUAUACUGAUGCCAAUGUCCCACAAUCCGUACCCAACGACCCAAACUCUCAGUAUAAUACGCAAGUGAGUGCUAACUACACUCAGAUGUACCAAAACCACCCGGGGUAUACUCACAACGCGUCGACUGGCAACUUCGAAUACAACUAUGGGUCGCAAAGCUCGUUUGUUUCAUAUAACAACUCCGUGCAAGGAAAUAUAGACCCUCAGACAGGUCAAGAUCCUAAUUGGGCCGCUCAAGGAGUUUAUACCAGUGCUGGGACACAUGAAACAGUACAGUCGCCUUCGGGAGAGCCGCCUCAAAUGCGGGCACAGCAACCGAACAACCAAAUAUACUACAAUAACCCUUACGGGUACCAGACUAUGCAGCCAAAUGAAGUGGUCCCAAAUUCACAAACAGUCAACACCAACUAUGGGGCCAAUAUGAAUCAGUCGACUUACAUGCAAUCAGGACAGGGAGUGGACUCUUCUGUAACAUACAGUAAUAAUCAGGUAUCCUCACCGACUCAGAAUGUGUCUCAGGCUCCUAAUUUUAAUCAAAACCAGAGUGCAGAACAAACGUCUACUCAAAGUUAUCAAGGUAUUCAAAACUACCAAAAUGUACCUGAUAACAGCCAAACUCCUGGUAACUAUCAAUCUCCUACUGAUAACUAUCAAAGUCCUUCACAAAACUACCAAAAUCCUUCGGAAAACUACCACCCUUCCACUAGUCACUACCAAACACCAGGUAACAAUGAAAAUACACCGACUAAUUAUCAAGUGCCAGAAUCUAACAAUCAAAAGCAAAGUUACUAUGAAAACCAACCAGGUCCUCCUCAAAAUCCAACUAGCAACCAUCAAGAACCACCAAUAACUCCUAAAUCAGAAGAAAAGCCAACACCAGCUGAAAAACCGGCUCCAGAAGAAUCCGUAUCAAAAACCUCCACCUUAGACCUGCUAUCAGACAUAGAUUUCUCCGUAGAAUACAAACCACUAAUGCCAGAAAUAAAAGUACCACAGAUAUCCGAAAACGCAAUAAAAAAAGCCGUUGUAACUCCUAAAUUCGAGAACAUUCCAAAGCCAGUGAAGAAGGAAGAAGUUAUAGAGCGGCCUGCGAAAAUGGAUCUGUUUUCGGAUCCGAGUCUACUGAAUAAAUUCACGGAGGAUGUGAAAAGUCUGCAAAAGUUGGUAGAUUCUUUGUCGAGUAAAGUGGGGGGUGGGUUGAGCUUACUGGAGUCUAAAUGGAAGAGUUUUCAGGAUGUUCAGACAAAGGAGAACAUGUCACGGUCUAAGCGUGCGGCUAUACAACACACUCAAGGGAACAUAGUGACUGAGGUUGUGCCCUAUGAUGACUCCAGACUUAAAUUGAAGUCUAACUCGCACGCUUACAUCAACGCUUCGUAUUAUAAGCAACUAGCUUCCUGGUGCAUUCCACUAGUGAUCUCCAAAUGUCCCGACGAGAGUGAUGUGAACAUAUUCUGGAAAGCGGUUCUAGAGAACAAGAUCACCUGCGUUGUGUGUCUGCUUACAGAGAUUGAGAUGCAAGGCCACUCCUACUGGCCAGCCAAGGGGCAAGCCCUAGAGCUGCCCGGAGACGUCAGAGUGACGCUAGACGAGGCGACGUGCUCGGUGCACUGGACCGAGCGACGGCUGACCGUGUCCAGCGGAGGCAGCGCCGUCGGCGUCACGCACUUUCAGAUCAACGUGUUUCCUUCUAAAAUCGUCUGCUCGCCGCUAGUCCUGCUAACGGACAAGGUUCUCUCACUAACCUACGAGGGUCGCCUCAGCAACCAGCUGUCGCCAUGUUGGAUCCACUGCAGUUCCGGCGGCGGCCGCAGUGCGCUGGCGGCGCUGCUGUGCAUGGUCAUGUGCCAGGUGCGAGCGGGACAGAUGAACUUGUGCGACAUGAUAGAAGCCGGCUGCGCUAACCUCUACCGCCACCGGACGAACGUUCUAGAAGACCCCCGGUACCUGGCCGACGCGUACCGCACCGCGCUGUUCUACGUGCAGGGCGUUCUGUGCUCUGGGACCACAUCAUUCAACGGCGAAGCAGUAUCGGUGCCAUCCGGAGCAUCAAUCCUGUCUAUGGUAUCUUCCACCACCAAGGAGGAAAAGAAAGAAUCCAAGCUGAAGUUCUCGAGAGAAUCAUUCGAAGAGAUGAAACAAGCGCCCGGCCUCACCAGUGGAGACAUGAAGGAUCCAUUGAACUUCUUAGAUCCUCUUUGGAGUUUGAAGAAAAAGUAAAAUUAAAAAGAAAAAUGUGGUGUGUGAUUCGCCAGAAUUCUUUUUUUUUCUUAUCGUGUCGGUGACAAAUACUGGAGCUGAACUAGAGUUUGUCACUAGUGAGACUGAUAUUGAUUGGUAGUUUAGGAAAAGCAUCGAGUUUUUAAUUCACUGAUGUUUGUUUCGGACUAAAAAGUCUACAGUUUGUAUAUGAUGACAGUUUAUAAAAUUUGUCUUGUGGAUACAUAAAUAUAUUAUUCUAUUAUAUGAGUAGAUGUAUGUCAUAAGAUUCGAAAAUAUAAAACGGAAGCUAAAAGAAGGGUUAUGUUAUUGCGUAAGAGUUCGAUUGAGAUGCAGAUUAGAUAUGUAUUUACUGUAAUAGCUGAUGAUAAUACAGGAUGUUGCAAAAGUGGUAUAAGCCGGA